UUUCCCAAACUGAGAGGGGAGACUUUCUCUGCAAGUCCACAAGCCAGGUGCUGCAGGAUAAGAUUCACCACCAUGCUAUCCUCUAUCCUGUUUUGGGGACUUGUUGCUCUCAUUGGCACUUCUAGGGGCUCAUACCCUUUCACUCAGUCAAUGAGCCCUCAUCUGCAUCCCCGCCUGUACCAUGGCUGCUACGGUGACAUCUUGACCAUGGAGACCUCUGGUGCUCCUUGUGAUAUAACCAGGUUGAUUAACUGUGGGAUCCGUGGUUCUGAAAUGUUUGCUGAGAUGGAUUUGAAGGCCUUAAAGCCUUACCAGGUUCUGAUCAAAGAAGUUGGGCUGAGGCACUGUGUGGACCCUGCUCUCAUUGCAGCCAUCAUCUCCAGAGAAAGCCACGGUGGAGCCGUCCUGCAAGAUGGCUGGGACCACACAGGACUUAGAUUUGGCUUGAUGCAGCUUGAUAAAAAAAUUCAUCACCCUGUUGGCACCUGGGACAGCAAAGAACACCUAUUGCAGGCUGUUGGGAUUCUAACAGACAAAAUUAAGGCAAUUCAGAAAAAAUUCCCCACAUGGAGUGUGGCUCAACAUCUCAAAGGUGGUCUCUCAGCGUUUAAGUCAGGAAUCGAUGCUAUUGCAACCCCAGUGGACAUAGACAAUGACUUGGUCAAUGAUCUUCUUGCCCGAGCUAAAUUCUAUAAAAGACAUGGUUUCUAGGCAAGGUUCUACGGGUGAGCUGGGCUGGCAGGUCCUCAGAUGGUUCUGAGUUUGAUAUGGAUGCUUAUACUCAACACUGGCAAAGAAAUAGCUGCAAUUAUGACAGAGAAUUCAUUUCUCAGUUUUCUUAAUGCAAAUAAGCAUUAAAAAAGAAAAGAAAACCCAUCCAGUUUAUAGUAUGGUUCCCACAAAAUGCACAUAGAUUUCUGCAAAAUGAUUUUGUUGUAGGUGUGAAUAUCAUGGUAACUGACACCUACAUAUUCCAGUGAGGGCUUAUUUUAUCCCAUGAUUUCAAUGGGAUAAACUGACCCCAUGUUCUACUGGAAUUGCUAACAAGAGAGCCUGACCUGAGCUUUUGUCUUUUUCCAAGUAUCUGUCCAAGUAUUUUGUCUUUUUCCAA